GAGGGGGAGGGUGGGCUAAGAUGGCGGCGGACACAGGGAGCUGGUGCGUGUACGCAGUGCUGCGGUGAGGAGCUGGUGGCCUGAGCUCACGAGGGCGUGGAGGGGCUUGGAGCAAUCCAGAUAAAAUUUUUUUAUUCACUCUUCUUUCCUGGACUAAUUAUAUGUGGAGUUCUGUGCGUAUAUUUGGUCAUUGGCCUUUGGGUUAUCAGGAGACAUCUACAGAGGAAGAAAAAGUCAGCCUCAACCAGCAAAAAUGGAAAAGAUCAAAUGGUGGUUGCAUUUUUCCAUCCAUACUGCAAUGCAGGCGGAGGAGGAGAGAGAGUUCUGUGGUGUGCUUUGAGAGCCCUGCAGAAAAAGUAUCCUGAUGCAGUCUAUGUUGUGUAUACUGGUGACAUUCAUGUCAGUGGUCAACAGAUACUGGAAGGUGCUUUCAGAAGGUUUAACAUCAAGUUGGUUCACCCAGUGCAGUUUGUUUUCUUAAGGAAACGCUACCUUGUGGAAGAUUCUCGCUAUCCUCACUUCACAUUGCUAGGCCAAAGUCUCGGCUCCAUUCUUCUUGGCUGGGAAGCUCUGAUGCAGCGUGUUCCCGAUGUGUACAUCGAUUCGAUGGGCUACGCCUUCACACUGCCUCUGUUUAAAUAUGUGGGAGGUUGCCGAGUUGGGAGCUACGUUCACUAUCCCACUAUCAGCACAGACAUGCUGUCUGUGGUGAAGAAUCAAAAUCCUGGAUUUAAUAACGCUGCUUUCAUUAGCAGAAACGCUCUCCUCAGCAAAGCAAAGCUCAUCUACUACUAUUUAUUUGCUUUUGUUUAUGGCCUUGUUGGAUCUUGCAGUGACAUAGUCAUGGUUAAUUCUUCAUGGACACUAAACCAUAUUCUCUCACUGUGGAAAGUCGGGCAUUGCACUAACAUUGUUUAUCCACCUUGUGAUGUGCAGACAUUUCUGGACAUCCCUUUACAUGAGAAAAAGGUGACCCCAGGGCAUUUACUGGUUUCCAUUGGCCAGUUCAGGCCGGAAAAGAAUCAUGCUUUGCAGAUCAAAGCCUUUGCUAAGUUGCUAAAUGAGAAGGCAGCUGAGUCCCGCCAUUCUCUAAAACUUGUCCUUAUUGGAGGAUGUCGCAACAAAGAUGAUGAGUUUAGAGUAAACCAACUGAGAAGACUGUCUGAGAAUUUGGGAGUUCAAGAAAAUGUGGAAUUUAAAAUAAACAUUUCAUUCGAUGAAUUGAAGAAUUACUUGUCUGAAGCAACAAUCGGUCUGCAUACCAUGUGGAAUGAGCAUUUUGGGAUUGGAGUUGUCGAGUGUAUGGCGGCUGGUACAAUUAUCCUCGCACACAAUUCCGGAGGCCCAAAGCUUGACAUCGUCAUUCCUCAUGAAGGACAGAUAACUGGAUUUCUGGCUGAGAGUGAAGAAGGCUAUGCUGAAACCAUGGCCCAUAUUCUCUCUCUGUCCCCAGAAAAGAGACUUCGAAUCAGGGAAACUGCUAGAGCAUCUCUGAGCAGGUUUUCCGACCAGGAGUUUGAAGUAGCAUUCCUGUGUUCCGUGGGGAAGCUGCUUACUUAAUGCCCGGUCUGCACGUUCUCCAUGUUUCAUACAGUGUGGAGCUGGAGACAGUGGGAGAGCCUGGGCUUGGUGUGUGCAGUCCCCAGUUCAUCUCCAGCACCAAAAGUAAAAGGAAAUACCGUCACGUGUAAAUAUUUUCUAACUUUAUUCUUUAUUGUAAUAAAAGCAGCCUGAACAAUAUUCUUAGCAACAUGUGUGUAGACAGGGCAGUAGUUAACAAAAACAGCAGAACUAAUCUAUAUGGAAAACGUAAUCUUGAGUAUUUUCUCUUUUGCUUUUUUGAGACAGGGCUUCUCUGUAUAGCCUUGGCUGUUCUAGAACUCACUCUGUAGACUAGGCUGGCCUUGAACUCAGAGAGAUCCGCCCGCCUUUGUCUCCCAAAUGCUGGAACUAAAGGUGUGCCACUGCACCCAGCUUCAUGUAGCUUAAUGUACAGAUUUUACUUACUGUUUGGUCUCAAAGUCUGAACAGUACAGAUCUCAAAGAAAACUACCAAUCAAAUUUUCAUAUACUCAUGCAUCUUUUUAAUUUAAUAUUUUCCUUUCCUUGUCUUAAUCCUUGAAUGCUCCUGCCUCCACCUCCCAGAAUGCACCAGUGUAUGCAGAACUUGCAGAACUGAUGGUGGAGCCCAGGGCCUCAGUCUAGACAAGCACUCUACCAACUGAGCUGCAUCCUGAACCCCAAGUCCUGCUUUUCAAACCACUUUUGCUUUAGAAAACAUAAAAUAACACUCCUGGGGUUCUAGUUUGUUUUAUGAUGAUGGAGGACCAUGUAGCACCUCAAACUGUAAGGAAGAACAGGGCCGUGAAUGCUAACACCUCAGAGUGCCCUGAGCUGAUCUCAGACUUCCUUCCAGAGGAAAAGGAAGUGCUGAGAGAAACAGCAGGUUAUCAACUGGCACUUUAAAAUAUAUUUGUAAAUUUUUGGAUUAGAUUCUGUUUGACAGGUGGGUUCAGGGUUAGAGAUUGAACCUAGAGACAUACUCGUGGCACACAAGUGUUCUAACCCAUAAGCUACUUUACCUCAACCCCAGGAGUCCGAAAAUAAUAGCAUGGGUAACCCUUUUAAGUAUACCUACUAAUUUUCUUAAAAGGAAAAAGAAACUUCAAACAGGCAUCUCUAAUCCUAUUCCUCAAGUAUCAGAUGGGGUGGGCUGAUUUCUUCAAUGGGUGCAUACGAUAUGUUUAAGUCAAAACAGGCAGCAAUCUCUCCCAGAACGAGGUUUCUGUGGAAAUUGGGUUCUGUUUAGCACCCACCCCAGUUCAUCUGUAUGGGUUUCUCAUCUCUUAACAGACCACUGAAGGCUAAAAGUCAGCCUCAGUUCAUUCAAGAGAACAUCAAGCUGAGUUGCUCUUCUGAAACUGACCAUGUUGUAUGAUCCUGCCCACAUACUGUGAAAGACCAUGAAUGGCAUUUUGAAAGAAAGUGCCAAGUGGUAGUUUUCAUACUGGGCUGCCUCACUUCAGUUACAAAUAGCUGACCUGCUAACACUGAAAGCUAUGCCUCAACCUUUGGGGUGGUUUUCUUCUGAAGUCAAAGUAUUUAUUAAUACCUUCAGCAUUAUGGUAACCAGAUGUGAAGUAUAUGAAGCCUCCCUGAAGAUUUUAAACUUUGAUUUAGUUAAAAGUAACCAAAGAUUCAGUGAUCUGAUAGAAAUGUGAAAAGGUGUGGGGGCUGGGGACACUUUUAGGGAAGGAGAUAGAUAAAGGAGGGAGGUCAGAAAAAUAAAAAUAAGGACACCUGAAAAGCCAUAAGGAAUCAUUCUAUUAAGUAUUUACCAAUAACAGCAACAAACUGUGUGUGUGUGUGUGUGUGUGUGUGUGUGUGUGUGUGUGUGUGUGUGUGUGUGUGUGUGUAUUUCUGUGUAUAAGUACACAUGUAGUUUUAAUGAGCUUUUCUCUUCUACUGGAAUGACAGAUGACCCAAAGACCAACACACACACACACACACACAAAACCCAACACCAGACAUGAGAAGUGUCUUUUGAGUUUUUGGCCAGGGCUAUCCAAAAGACUCCCCAAAGCAUACAGCCUAUUAUCCUUGCUUACCCCAGAGGUGAAAGAUAAGUCCAAACUGCUGAAAACACAAUGUACUUUAGAAACAAGCCAAAAGACCCCUGAGCUGGAACUGACCUGAAAAUGCACACAGAGAGAGCUGUUGCUGCCCCAGGACUAACUUUCAUGUUAUGAAGGUGCCAGGCAACCUUCCAAAGGAGAGGGGCAACCAACGGUCCGACCCAGUUCUCCCACCUGUAAACCACAUUGAAAACCAGCACAGCACACACACUUGACAGUAACCAACAGCUCUUCAAUUAGACACACGACCUGCUCAACUAGAGGGGGAACCUAGCUAAACUAUUCAAUGCUACAGAACAGCCACUAUUUACUAAACCAGCCUGAUUCCUAACAACAAUCUAAACAUUGUCUAGACUCUUAAAGUGUACAGUUCCUCAAGUAUGACCUACAAACUAAUGCCAACUUACACAUUUUCUCUCUUUAAGUGACAAUGCAUUUCACCAAGGACUUUACUAGACUUCUGGAGAUCUUACUGUGAGUGAUAUAGAGGACUGCUGGCUGUUUACCAAGUAAUUUAGCACUGUAAAAACCAUUCUUAAAACUUUUUUUUUUUUACAAAAAUUAACAACCAGAAGUAAAGGUUUUCUGUACCCAUUAUUACAGAUGUGUUUACAACUCUGUAGUUUCUUGGUUUCUUAGCCAGUAGGUGAAAAUCGGUAUAAAUUUCUCCUGGCCUCCAUUCUGCAUAACUGGCAGCUGUGGGGGCUGAGGGUGUGACUUGGAGAAGCUGGCUGUAAUACAUGAGCAAGCUUGAGCCACAGCACAGCAACACAUGAAUGUGUGUAGAGAUAGGACUGUGAGGGCAGCAUGUGCUGUUCUGUUCAUACAUCGUGCCUUGUAAUUAAAUGAAUUGCCCACACAGCUUGACAUUUGUGUUGAGGCAUUCAAAGGAGUCACACUGUCUCUUCCAGCCAGUUGGUUGGUUUUGGUUGUUAGUUGUUUUGCUUUGUUUGGAUCUAGCUAGCUUCAUUAUCUACUCCCAGUUACAUUGUUGAUUCACUACAAUGGGAACUCAGCUAACCAGACAGUCCCCAGCGAGACAGACUCUUACACAUUCUCUAUUUUAUUUUCAACUUUACAGACAAAAACCAUUUAAAGAACUGAGUAGAUCUUCAUUGGCUGUUUAAUGACAGAAUCAGGAUUAUGGCCUGGUAUUCUGACUCUUGGCCUACUCUGUCAUGUUAAGACCAGUCUUUGAGGUAAAAUUUGUCGAUAGCCCACACAGCCUACCCAUCCACAUACAGUAAUAGGACUAAAGAUUAUAGGAAUUGGGAUGAACAUAAAUAGGGGGUGUGGUGAAAGAAGAAAUGAUCCUCAAUUUCUUAAAAACACUUUUACACUAACUUUUCAAAAUUAUGUAUUAAGAGUAUAUGAUUCACAUAUUUUUCCAGCCUUCCUAAUAAGUUUUAGAGAUAUUUAUUUUUUACUAGAUUUCAGGUAGGUACUCUGUGAAAUGUUGAGGCUCAUCUGUUUCUAGGAGGCUUCUGAGUGGUUGUUAAGUGGUCCAAGCAGUGGGGGUUCACAUUCCUGCUUACAGGGAUACUGCAACUGUGAAGUGUAUGGUACAUACUCUUUGUAUAAUAUAUUUAUAUCUAAUUGUGAGGUAGAGCUAUUGAUACGAAACUAUCUAAAUGUGGCAAGUGAUUUCUUUGAUUCAAUUAAAGUGUUUUUGCAUCAUUCCACUUCCUCUUUCCCCUCCCACCCUCCUACCUCUGGAACUCAUGGUCUCUUUUUCUUUCAUGAUUAUUGCCACAUAUGUAUACAAAUAAAUAUAUAAAUGCAGCCUGCUGGGGUUGGGGAUUUAGCUCAGUGGUAGAGCGCUUGCCUAAGCAAGCGCAAGGCCCUGGGUUCGGUCCCCAGCUCCGAAAAAAAGAAAAAAGAAGAAGAAAAAGAAAAAAUAAAUAAAUAAAUGCA